CACAUUCUCACCUCCUUCAGUCAUAGCCUUCUCAGUACUCACUGCUCAGCAGAACCUUUUGCAGUGUCACCUCCCACUCGAGCAGCGACCUUCCCAGUUGCCCCCAUUCGUAUCAUCGCCUCCUCACUCCCACGUCCUUGCUGCUGUACUUUGAUCUUCUGAGGCCCUAGUUUCUUGCCAUGGGCACCAACAGCGAGCGGCGGCUUUAUGAAAUCUCUCCUGUGUUGAGACUCGUCUUGCUGCUCGCAGCAGCUCUGGCGAUUAUCCAAGCGGCGCACGCGGGCGCCCAUUCGCCACACAUCGGCCGUGGCGAGAAAGGAGCGAAGCGGCGAUCCAUGCAAGCGAAAACGUGCAUGCCGUCGCAACUGACCGGUUUCACGUCGUCCAGGGUUCUCAAGAGAGGCCUUUUGCUCCACUGGAAGCCCGCAGUCGGCAACACCAUCGAGCUCGCCGUCGAGGCGCGCGUGGGAAGCGGCGCCGCCAAGGGCUGGAUUGCGCUCGGCUUCGGGCCGACCCUCCCCGGGGGCUCUGCCGACACCGUGGUCGGGCAAACGAACACGGCUCCCGUCGCGACAUACACCAUCACGGGCGACGAGCAGUCCCAGCUCCUGCGGUCCAACAGCUUCGCCAUCGGGGAUGCAACGCUGGAGCGGUCUCGGCGGCGGACCGUUAUACGCUUCACGCGGAACGGCGGCGACGGCGUUUCGCCGUUGAAGCUGCGCGGGUGGAAUAAUAUCGUGUGGGCGUAUGAUGUCAGCGGCGAGAAGACGGUGGAUUUCAACAACCGUAGAUCUGGCAAGCUCGCCGUCAACCUGGGCUGCGUGGGCGGCGCGCCCGCGACCGAUACUCUGGACGGCGCCAACAACGGCGGGAUCUACGCCCCCUCCGCCAAUGUUCCCGCCGCGUCCGCCGCGCCCGCCGUCAGCUACUGCCCCAAGUCCAGCCUCCCCGGAUAUACCUACACCGCUAACCUCGACGGUGGCAGUUUCGUGCUUCACUGGAAGCCUGUGCAGGGGCAGAUGAUUCAGAUGGCCAUGGAGGCUAAGGCAGGGAGCGCCGCGUCCAACGGGUGGUUCAGCAUCGGGUGGUCGCGCGACGGGUCUAUGUCGUCCAGCUACGCGGUGAUCAAGAGCGGGGCUUCCCUGGCCGCGUACUUCAUCAACGGCUACAAGCGCAAGAACGUCGUGCCUACGAACGAGAUCUCGCUCGGCGCGCCGAGCCUCGCCCGCACGAGCGCGGGCUCCCUCGUUGCACACUUCACACUGACGGCGGGGCAGGGGCGCAUUCCGCUCACGCCUUCCGGGCUGAACUACAUCAUCUGGGCGUACAGCACCGGCAACCAGGGCAUUGGAUAUCACGGCUCUAACGCAGGCUGGGUGAAGAUUGACUUCUCCUGUGCCUUCUGGACCGACAACCAAUCCCCCAAUGGUGGUGGGGGUGGCUCCACCAGCACGCCUACCAGCAACAGCAACAAUAAUGAUGAUGAUGACAAUGAUGACGAUGACGAUGAUGAUGACAGUGAUGGAAACCGUUCAUCUUGGGGGCAAGACAUGAAUCAGCAGAGCGGAAAGUACUAUGCGGAUCAGGGCACGACGUACUGGGAGGGCGUGGGUCAGGGUGUGGCUCAGCUGGCGGCUCCUGCUGAGCUGAAGAAGAGGCUCAAGGCAGCGGAGGCAAAGAGGAAGGCAGAGAGAGAUGCAUACAACCAGCAGGUGUAUCGCCAAGUGUAUGGGCCUCAGCAGACCAAUGCAGCUGGCAAUGGCAACUAGCACCUGCGAAUGCAGAUCGUGGUUGGUAGUUUGAUGCAAGAGCUAUUUUCCAUAAAUCAGCUAGCUUUAGGUAGAGGUUGGGUGCCAUGCCAAUGAUUCUUUGUGUGAUGGAUUCUAGAUCCUCCACCCUUAGCUGUGUUCUUGUACUUUCAGGAGAGAUGGUUAAUGCAUGGAAGCA